GCGGCCUUUCGAGGUUCGAGAUCUCACUCGUUCGUUCUUUCAAAUGGAUAUUGAUCCCCUCGCCGAUGCUGGUCCGCCUCGUCAUGCUAUCGAGUCUGAUGAAGAGGAAGACGAAUACAACCCUUUGCAACACACGAAGUCGCAUCCCAGGAAGAUCGAAAUCCAGAUACUCGGUGUCUCUGAGAGGCUUUCCGAUGGGCUCGUUAUCGCACAGGGAACUCUGGCGAAGUAUUGGGCCCGCGCAGCGGAUCUCCGGGAACAAGUUGGAGCAGUCAUGGUGAACGGGAUUCAAGUUGGUCUCCUCUUUCGGCCAAGCUGGACGCGGACCACUGUCCUGGUCUCGGAGGUCACGACUCAACUGCCCAUAUGGGCGAUGAAUCAGUAUGCUGCCUCCAUACUGGACCAACUACAACCCCGAAAAUUGGCCUUGCUGGAUAUUUAUGUUGAACCUAUGUAUGUAUCGCAGAAGCGUCUCGCGUAUCCCGAUGCAAAUUUGCGCUACCUCUGCACGGAAACUGCUGCUGAAUGGAUGAUUUCUGCAGCUGAUUUGUUCUCGCCCCCAAACCUUGUCCAGUCAACUUCGGCCUCCUUUGUCGCGCAACAAGCCCAGCGAGGGUUGUCUGCGACCCUUUUGCUAGUCCCAGCUCCACAUGUCCAGUUGGCCCCUCCUCGCGAUCUAAUCGAGAGCCAUUUCUCGCAUUGGGAUGAAGAUGGAGACCCAUGGAACCCUAUUCUUGUGUCCAGAGCUCAUGAAUUACUCUUCCGCUCGUUGGACGUGGACUGCCAACCAUGGAAUGCGCCGGGAGCCGUAAAGCCCAGUGCGAAACGAAGACGCCCUACUGACUCCGAAUCUGGCAUGUAUAUCUGAAUUGUGACGUUUCAAAUAAAUAACAUCACACUGAAUACUUGGGCCGAACGAUCGCCUCUAGCUCUUUGAUGAUAAGUGCAGAAUCUCUGUCCAGAUCAACGCGCCACGUGCUGACGGCAAUUCGUGUCGCAGGCCGAUUCUCCCAUUGUGUUCCCGUUACAUAGAUCGUGCCGGCUGAGUUCAACCGCUGAACUAGAUGUGAGUUCAGGUCAGAUGCCCGCGCACGGAACAAGACGAUAAUAUAUAUGUUUGCGGCCGACGUGUGGCGGGGCAACAGCUCGUAGUCGCUCGAUUGCGAAAUGUAUUCCGCUACUUUUCGUGCAAGCGAGAUUUGGCGCUCCAGCAGGUCACGAUACCAGUCUCGGCCGUAGGCCACGAGUGUAGCGUACACUGGCAGCGCGCGCAAUCGUCGGCUGUUCUCGAUGCCGAGGUUGUGAGCGGAGGGUACAGCCUCCGAGAGAUCGGGUGGUAGGGCAGAUCCGUUCUGGAACACCUGUUUCUGAAUUCCGAGAUGACGGGUGAAAAAGAAGCCGCAGUCGUAUGGGACAUUGAGCAGUUUGUGAGCAUCUCCUGUGAUCGAGUCCGCGAGAUCAAGCGCAGCCACUCCAGCCAUGAUAGAGGCAUACUGCGGCUUGGAUAGAAGCCGAGCUUGUAAACCGAAGGCUAGAGGCAGUAAGCAGACGCAACAUUAUCGUAUAGCACAAAC